AACUUCGCGGCACAGAUGGCAGGAGGCUUCGAUGAGAAGGCUGGAGGAGCUCAGAUGGGUGUCAUGCAAGGCCCCAUGGGCCCCAUGGGACCACGUGGACCUCCUGGACCUUCUGGAUCUCCUGGUCCCCAAGGGUUUCAAGGCAAUCCUGGAGAACCUGGAGAACCUGGAGCUGCUGGUCCCAUGGGACCUCGAGGACCACCAGGACCUCCUGGCAAACCUGGGGAUGAUGGUGAGACAGGCAAACCUGGGAAAUCUGGAGAACGUGGCCCACCUGGUCCUCAGGGUGCUCGAGGUUUCCCUGGCACUCCUGGACUCCCUGGAGUGAAGGGGCACAGGGGAUAUCCUGGUCUGGAUGGGGCCAAAGGAGAGGCAGGAGCUCCUGGAGCUAAGGGCGAGUCGGGGUCCCCUGGCGAGAACGGCUCUCCUGGGCCCAUGGGUCCUCGGGGGCUGCCUGGGGAGAGAGGACGUCCUGGACCCUCCGGAGCUGCGGGUGCCCGAGGCAACGAUGGUCUCCCCGGCCCCGCUGGACCCCCGGGUCCCGUGGGUCCUGCCGGUGCCCCCGGAUUCCCUGGCGCCCCUGGAUCCAAGGGCGAAGCUGGUCCCACUGGAGCUCGAGGCCCUGAGGGUGCUCAGGGGCCGAGGGGUGAAUCUGGCACUCCUGGCUCUCCCGGUCCUGCUGGAGCUCCUGGUAACCCAGGGACGGAUGGAAUUCCUGGAGCGAAGGGCUCUGCGGGUGCCCCAGGCAUCGCUGGAGCUCCAGGAUUCCCCGGACCCCGCGGACCCCCCGGUCCUCAGGGAGCCACUGGGCCCUUGGGACCCAAAGGACAGACGGGAGAACCUGGAAUCGCAGGAUUCAAAGGUGAACAGGGACCGAAGGGAGAGACGGGCCCUGCAGGACCCCAAGGUGCCCCUGGCCCUGCUGGUGAGGAAGGCAAGAGAGGAGCUCGUGGAGAACCUGGUGCUGCUGGUCCUCUAGGACCUCCUGGCGAGAGGGGUGCUCCAGGCAAUCGUGGUUUCCCCGGGCAGGAUGGACUGGCUGGACCCAAGGGUGCUCCAGGUGAACGUGGUCCUGCUGGUCUUGCUGGUCCCAAAGGAGCCACUGGUGAUCCAGGACGUCCUGGAGAACCUGGACUACCUGGAGCAAGGGGUCUGACUGGACGUCCAGGAGAUGCUGGUCCUCAAGGCAAAGUUGGCCCAACUGGUGCUCCUGGUGAGGAUGGUCGUCCUGGCCCUCCUGGACCUCAAGGUGCUCGUGGUCAGCCUGGUGUGAUGGGUUUCCCUGGUCCCAAAGGUGCUAAUGGUGAACCUGGCAAAGCUGGGGAGAAAGGUCUCCCUGGAGCUCCAGGACUUAGGGGACUUCCUGGCAAGGAUGGGGAGACAGGAGCUGCUGGACCACCAGGACCUGCUGGUCCUGCAGGUGAGAGAGGAGAGCAAGGGGCUCCUGGUCCUUCUGGCUUCCAGGGUCUACCAGGGCCACCAGGUCCUCCUGGAGAGAGUGGCAAACCUGGAGAUCAGGGUGUUCCUGGAGAAGCUGGUGCUCCUGGUCUUGUUGGUCCCAGAGGGGAACGUGGCUUUCCUGGUGAACGUGGCUCUCCUGGAGCCCAAGGGUUGCAGGGACCUCGUGGCCUCCCUGGCACCCCUGGCACUGAUGGACCCAAGGGUGCAACUGGCCCAGCUGGUCCCAAUGGAGCCCAAGGUCCUCCUGGUCUUCAGGGAAUGCCUGGAGAGAGAGGAGCAGCUGGAAUUGCUGGUCCCAAGGGAGACAGGGGAGAUGUGGGAGAGAAAGGUCCUGAGGGAGCUCCUGGAAAGGAUGGUGCAAGGGGGCUGACAGGUCCCAUCGGUCCCCCAGGCCCUGCUGGUCCCAACGGUGAGAAGGGUGAAUCUGGCCCUCCUGGUCCCUCUGGAGCUGCUGGUGCCCGUGGUGCCCCUGGUGAGCGAGGAGAGCCUGGAGCUCCUGGUCCUGCUGGAUUUGCUGGUCCCCCGGGAGCCGAUGGCCAACCUGGAGCCAAGGGAGAGCAGGGUGAGCCUGGGCAGAAAGGUGAUGCAGGUGCUCCUGGGCCUCAGGGUCCUUCUGGUGCUCCUGGGCCACAG